AUGCGCACUGACGCGGGGGCGGACCGGCACAUCGACAUCCGGGAGUCUGAUUGCCUGUAGCUGUUUUGUUUUCUUGCAGAACUGGAGUAAACCGAGGCUGCCAAACGCGGCGCGACUCCCAACUCCGGACUUGGACUGACCUGAAAAGAUGUCUGGAUUUCUAGAAGGCUCACGGUGCUCAGAAUGCAUGGACUGGGGGGAGAAGCGGAACACGGUCGCCUCCAUCGCUGCUGGCGUUCUGUUUUUCACGGGAUGGUGGAUCAUCAUAGACGCGGCUGUCAUGUACCCCAAGAUGGAUCAGUUGAACCACUCGUACCACGCCUGUGGCGUCAUAGCAACCAUAGCCUUCCUCAUGAUUAACGCAGUAUCGAAUGGACAAGUGCGAGGUGACAGCUACAGUGAAGGCUGUCUGGGCCAGACAGGAGCUCGCAUCUGGCUCUUCAUUGGCUUCAUGUUGGCUUUCGGGUCGCUAAUUGCAUCCAUGUGGAUUCUCUUUGGAGGUUAUGUUGCUAAGGAAAAGGCUGUAGUGUAUCCUGGGAUUGCUGUAUUUUUCCAGAAUGCCUUCAUCUUUUUUGGGGGGCUGGUUUUCAAGUUUGGCCGGACAGAGGACUUAUGGCAGUGAAGGCCUCGCUUCCGCAGCACAGCCGCCCCGCAUGGGAUUAUUUUCCCUGCUCACCCAGCCUUUUGUAAUACUGUUUUCUAAACUUACUCCUGAGGAUAAUCUCAGCUUACAAUUGUCUAAUGCUAGAAUCGUGCGAACUCCUAUGUGAACUGCAACAGCCCAGGUUGGCGUGAGCCCCAUCAGCUUCUACCACAGGAAAGGGAACUGCUGGCAUGAGUCACUUUGUCAGCUUCUACCAUGGUCUAAAGAGUUGGUGAUGGAGAAAUGGUGGAGUCUUUGGGUUGAGGAUUCACUCUGGGGUCCAAAGUGUUUGCUAACGCGGCCUCUUCCAUAUCCGGUGUUGAAUAAUGCAUAAACAUUUUCUCGUUAUUAAAAACUAUUUGGUGGUCAGA